CCCAUCUGCCACGUAAUGUUUGGCCUAUCUCUCGUCGUUCAGAAACAAAAGCAGUGUAACUAGGAGUCAACCUUCACCUCGUGCGCAAAGGUGUUGUCUCUCCGAAAUCUUUAAUUAUCUCCAACGCGACUUGCUACUGACACGUCGGCAGUUUCGGCUGCCAUGUGCCCGCGUUGCCGGGGAGGCUCCGAUGUCACACUGAUUGGACCUUAUCUUCGACCAUAUAACUCGUACCUCUGUACAAGCAGACAGAUUAGACGGGUGGCUGACGGUCUGUCAAGAUACCAUCCACUCACCAGAUGUCGCCUACUCUCGCCGCGACGUUGUUGCUUGCAGCGUGCAUUUCAACAGUUAAGCCAGACGACAAGCCCAAAUACAAAUGUGGCAACCCUAUCAUUUCACCUUUAUUACGGGAUGCCGAAGAUGAAGAAGCACCAAGUCUCCGCAUCGUUAUGGGGACUAACGCCAGGAGAGGCAGCUGGCCUUGGCAGGCUCUGCUCCGGUUUCGUUUAUCUCUGGACCCCACGCGGCCAGUGCUGACUUCUUCGGUGGCGUUGUGUGGUGGAACCCUAGUAAACAAGGACUGGAUUGUUACAGCAGCUCACUGCUUUGAUGAUCUACCCGGGGUAGAUAUAAACUUCAGAGACGAAAGAAGGUGGUAUGUGCAGCUUGGAAAAUAUAACAAAAACAUGCAAGAAUCAACAGAACAAACGUUCCAAGUUCAGAAAUUACUGGUCUAUCCCAAGUACAACAGAACUGUGAGGUACGAUGCAGACAUUGCGUUGUUAAAGCUCAACGAAUCGGCCGACAUGACGGAUUUCGUGCAGCCAAUAUGUCUCGGGAAAUUACCGCCAGGGCGUAGAGGCAGAGAGCUGUGCUAUAUCACUGGAUGGGGAGACACCGAAAACGGUAAGUAG